CAAGACAUGAGUUUGAGUGACAAAGACAAGGCCGCCGUCAAGGCACUGUGGGCCAAAAUCUCCAAGUCAGCGGACGCGAUUGGGGCUGACGCUCUGGGCAGGAUGCUCAGCGUCUACCCGCAAACCAAGACCUACUUCUCCCACUGGCCAGACAUGAGCCCGGGCUCUGCCCCCGUGAAGGCUCACGGAAAGAAAGUGAUGGGCGGAGUCGCUCUGGCCGUGUCCCAGAUCGACGACCUGGCCAACUGCCUGCUGGAGCUCAGCGAGCGACACGCCUUCCAGAUGAGAGUGGACCCAGCCAACUUCAAGAUCCUGUCCCACUGCAUUAUCGUGGUGAUCGCUACCAUGUUCCCUAAGGAGUUCACCCCUGAGGCCCACGUCGCCCUGGACAAAUUCCUGUCCGCCGCAGCCCUGGCUCUCUCUGAGAGAUACCGCUGAGCUGCCUGCAGUGGUGGUGGAUCCAUGUAACCCCAUGGUGAAAAAAAAGAAUAAACUGCAUGCUGCCAAAAACUCUUAAAACUGUGUCCCCUGAAAUCUUUUAUCACUUCAUAUUUGCAUAGAAUAAAGUUCACAGGUUAUU